GUGAGUUAUCAGCCCCAGAGUGACUGUUGACAAGGGCUGCUACCCCCCAAGGACACUGUGAUCCUAUGCCUGGCCUUGAGGAAAUGCAUAGUGGUCCUUUGGAAGAAAUUUCAUACAAAAUGAAAUCAAAGAUUGCCUACCUGGAACUUCUUUUUUGGAUGGGAUAAGUACUGCUGGUAUGAAUUGCAAGCCCUGGAAAGUCUUGAUAGAGCGUCUUAAACAGCAUAGUGUAGAGCCCAUCCAACCAGAAACAAAACUGGCAGAGCACUGUCUGUGCAGGUUCACUCUGAGCUGCACCUCAGGAGGAGGAGAAGGCGGCUGCAGGAUCCUCACACAAGGAAUACAUGCGAGACAUCUCGUGGAUCUUACUAAACAACACAGGAUGAAGGAGAUAAUCUUCUUAUUGCUUCUAUCGCACUUGCAGAGUGGCAGCCUGGGAUCUGCUACCACUGGCAAGCCCUGGCCCACGACUAGGGAUGGUGAAACCCAACCAAGCCACGCAGACUUGACUUCACCUCCUACUGCAACGCACAGCCUCAGAAACCUAGUGGCAACCCCCGUAUCCACCCCUUCUGAGAUCCAAACAGCUGCAGCAAGUACAUCAUGGGAACAUGCUGUGAAAAUCACCCCUGCAUUCACAGAAAAGGCUCAGGGAUUGAAAACCCUGCCAGGGACCCAGGAGAAGAAAACCUCCACCCCUACAACACAGUCCAGUGGAAACAGCAAUCGUGAUGGUGCUAAUGCUAAGCAAGGAGCCCUAUCCAACAGCACGGGGAGCUUUCCACAGAGCACUCCUAGAAAGAUGCCUCCCCAACAAGGGGCUGUUAAAAGCCAGCAAAGAACAGGGAACAGAUCUCCCAGGCUGUCGUACUACAGCACCAGCACUAAGAAGGAUGCUGACUUCAAAAAAUCCAGUUUUGAAACUACCCGGGGAAAGAACUGGUGUGCUUAUGUCCACACCAGACUCGCACCUACUGUCGUAGUGGACAACAUGGAAACCUUGACAUCAGGCAAAGCAAAGCCGUGUUCCUGGGCUACUGGAGCCUGUACUGUGAGAUCCCAGAUGAUGACCCGCCAAGCCUACAGAAUCAAACAUAAAAUUGUGACAUCACUGGAGUGGAAGUGCUGCCCUGGGUACAGUGGAGAAAAGUGUCAACCCAAAGAUCAACAUCAAUUGCUUAUACAUAGCAACCAAGCUGAGAGCAACACCGCUGUCAAUGCAGAGACAUGGGGAAACCAGCAGGACCCCAAUGAUCCAGCAGUUACACAAAAAAUGAAUGAGCAGAUUAGCAGCCAGGAGAUGAAACUGACUUUUCUACAGAAGAAGGUUGACAACAUUUCUGCUACCAUGAGUGAUGUGAGCAAGACACUCUCCUCUCUGGAAGGCAAAAUCAAUGAAGAUAAGGGCAGAGACUUCCAGUCUUUCCUAAAAGGUCUCAAGUCUAAAAAUAUCAAUGAACUAGUCAAAGACCUUAUCAAAGAGCAGUUUAAAGUCUACCAAAGCGACAUACAAGAGACAGUGGCCCAAAUUUUCAAGACUGUGUCGAGUUUAUCAGAGGAUCUUGAGAGCACAAAAGAAUUAGUCAAACAGCUGAAUGAGACCCAACAAAAGUAUGCCCAGGAGAAAGAAGACAGGCCAACAAAGAAUGAAAUCCUGGAGCUGAAGAAUGAUCUGGUGCAGAUGAAAGAGGAGAUGGGCCUUGCUUAUGACAAGCCCAUCAAAGAACUAGAGGCAAAGCAGAAAUCCUUGGAAACUGACUUGGAGCAUGAGCAGACAAGAAGCACCAUUUACUAUGCAUCUCUGAAUAAGACUCUUACAGAAAUGAAAGAGGUCUAUGAACAACUGUUAUCAGCUGAACGGAUGUCAGACCAAAAUGUCCCUCCAAUAGAUAAAGCAGUGGAUGAUAAUAUUACAGAAUAUAUUCUCACUCUACAUGAGAAAGUGAAGAAACAUGGCCUAAUGGUGCUGCAGCUGCAUGACGACUUAAGAGAACAAGAUAUCAAGAUCAACAAUCUUACUGUUACAUUAGAGAUUCAGAGAGAUUCUGUUCAUACAGUAUGUGAAGACAUCUUGUCAAAGUGCAGGAAUGAUUUCCAGACAAAGCUAAAGGGCACAGAAGAGAACGUGCAUUUCUUAAACAAAACCCUAGCUGCUGUCGUCUUUCCAUUGGACAAUAAAAUGGACAAAAUGAAUGAGCAAAUUAAUGAUUUGUGUUAUGAUAUGGAGAUCCUCCAACCCUUGAUUGAGCAGGGGCCACCGUUUAGUCUGACAGCAGAGUAUGAACAGCAAAUUGAAGUGGAAGCAAUCAGCAGGACAUUGGAAAACCUAACCACUGUUGUUAAUAGUCUGAGUUCCACCGUCCAAGAACUUGUCAAAAGCCAGGAGAGGCUUAAAAGCGAGGCUCAAACUCGAGAUGAAGUCUUUGAGAGUCGUAUUAAUGAAUGCCUCAUGGACCUAGAAGAUGGCUUAAAUAAGACCAUGACAGUUUUAAACAACGCUGUUGAUUCCAUUCAGGAUAACUACGUUCUGAAAGAUACUCUAAAUGUCCUGCAAAAUAGGACCGAGGCCUGCUGUGGUGGUGCUGAGAAGAUGGAGAGCAUAUUGGCAUUUAUUCCCCAGUUCCAACUGUUGAAUGAGUCCCUUCAGACACUGGUCAAUGACAAGCAAAGGCACCAAUAUGCUUCAAAAGUAAUUCAGGACCUUUCCGAUUUUCCAUAUGAAGAGCAUGAGAAAAUAAGCCUCCCUGACCUCAGAAAAGUUUACCACAUUUUAAAUGAAACAUCAUCCAAAAUGGCUGAGCACCAACAAGACAUCAGUCACCUAGAAGAAAUGCUGUUACGCUCUACAGAGGUAUCAAAAGAUCAAGAAGUUCGCCUGCAGAGCAUCGAGUCGAAUAUAACCAAGCUUUUGGUGAAUAAUUGUGUUUCACUAAAAAAAGGCAAAGUUGUUUCAACAGAGCAAGAACAAAUGGUCUCUUCCAAGCUUCAGACACUGAGUUCCAGAGUCAAGGCACUGGAAGCAAAGUCUGUCCGUUUCUCAGUUAAUAUCCCCCGUUUAAACAAGACUGCUUAUGAGGCUUGGGGGCUGUGUCAGGAUGCCUCAGCCAGCAUUCGAAAAGUGAAUGCUAGUGUACCCCAGUUAAUUAAACUUGCUCAACCUGAUAUCCCACUGCUGCAGAGAGGCCUAAAAGAGCUCAUAGAGUCUGUGUUGGAAAUAAAAACAGGGACUAUCCUGUCUAAUUUAACCUGGUAUGUGGACAAAUCCAUGGCUGACGCUCUGAGCAAUAUUACCAAACUCCAGAAACAGAUGAAACAGGCUGUAAAGAAACCAGCUAUGGCGAAAAAAGGGACAGUGAAUACCACCACAAGUCUGGCAGGCCGAAGUCAGAGAAACACAGACAACGCUAUAGAACCAGGUGAGUAUUUGGGCUGCACUACCUCCCCCUGCCAGAACGGAGGAACCUGCAUCAAUGAAAAGCAGAGUUUUAUUUGUGCUUGUCGCCACCCCUUUGGAGGAGUCAACUGCAGUAUGAAGUUGGUAGAUGAAAAUUCUGUGACUGUAGAUUUUUCCAAAGGAUCUUACAGAUAUGCACCUAUGGUGGCUUUCUUUGCCUCUCACACCUAUGGGAUGACGACUCCUGGCCCCAUCAGAUUUAAUAAUCUGGAUGUCAACUAUGGAUCUUCCUAUGUCCCAGCAAGUGGAAGGUUCCGUGUUCCAUAUCUCGGGGUGUAUGUUUUCGAGUACACCAUUGCAUCAUUCAGUCCUCGCGUCUCUGGCUAUUUAGUGGUUGACGGAAUAGACAAGCUCGCUUUCCAGUCUGAAAAUGUCAACGGUAACAAGUACAUUGACAGGGUAAUAACUGGGCAUGCUUUACUGGAGUUAAACUACGGUCAAGAAGUCUGGCUGAGAUUGGCAAGUGGCUCCAUCCCAGCCAAGUAUCCACCUGUCACUACAUUUACUGGUUACUUGUUGUAUCGUACAUAAGUCAGCCAUAAAUGCAAAAUACCACCUUUGAAUGAAGCCGCCUACAGAGUUAUUUAUCUGUACCUUGAAUUUUCUCCUCUCCUGCAAGGUAAAUUCCAUUGCAUAACACAGAGUUUCUCUAAGAAAGAUACUCCCAUCCUGCAGGACAGGUGAAAUUUCAGGAGUCCAGGGGCCUGAUUCUCCACAACUUUGUUCCUUGUAUAACCAUUUACAGCUGUGACAAGAGAGUCCACAGGGACUGUAAUAGGAAAAAAAUCACCAUCAUAAGUGAGUGGAAAAUUCUGAUCUGGUCAUGUUUUGUGCUCACCUUGAACAGGUAAGGGUGCUUUUACAGGGCAGUGGAGAAUCAGCCACCAGGUCUGGAUAUGGUGGGUUAAAUUUUGACCUUAUUUUCCCGGUGCAACCCGCUUUACUCCAGAGGUGUUGCAUAGAUUUUGCAGCUCAGAAUUUGGGCUCCGCUUUCGCUUAUAGCAUCAAGUGAAAACUAUAUAUCUUUCCUUUUUUGCUUUAUAUGAUUUGUGAAUAUCUUUGUAUUUUAAGGAUAUAUUUACUUCAUAAUUUUGUAUAUGGUCUUGUAUGUAAACAACAUGGUAGCCAAUAGCUCUUUACUAGAAAAAGGUGUAACAAGAUCUAAUAGUUGGAAACUGAUGCUAGAUAAAUUCAGACAAGAAAUAAGGUGCAGCAUUUUAACAGUGAGGGUAAUUGACUAUCGGAAGAACUUAACUAGGGAAUUGGUAGACUUUCCAUCACUGAGCCUUUAAAUCAGGACUGGAUACCUUUUAAAAAUAUAUUCUAUAUUGUAUUAUAUAUGCUCAGACAAAUUAUGGGUUUGAUACAGAAAUUAUUGCAUAAGGUUCUUUGUCCUGAGUUAUGCAGGAGGUCAGACUAGAAUUAUCAUAAUGGUCCCUUCUGGCCUUGAAGUCUAUGAAUCUAUGAAUGAUUCCCCACUGCCUGACACCAUUUAUAGUCACCUACACCAGUGCAAAGUAGGUGUAAAAUGCUAUCAAUGACACGAAUGAGCAGAGAACUCUGUUCUGGUAGCAUUUCCUCCCAAUUGCCUUUCAGUUUUCUCAGAUGUAAAUGACUACACAGGGUACAAGGCACUGCGUAUCAGACUUCUAGCUGGACUUGUUUAAAUACAUUUUUUCACUGCGGACCAGAUCCUCAAUUGCUAUAAAUCAGCACUGCUUCAUUGAAGUAUACAGUAUACAGCAGCCGAAAAUCUGCUCCAACAUGUUUUGGGUGCUCUCUAAAUUAUAUUGCAUUCAUUUGCUAGGAAAUUAUUUCUAAGAAAGUCACAAAACACCAGGUUUACUCUUAGUACUCAUUAAUAGAUAUAUCUGAAUCUUAAAUAAGAAAGAAAGAUAUACACUGAAGUAAGGAGAAUAAUUUCAGAGUCCCAUAAUCCGAAAGUAUAGCUUAAAGCUAGGCAUACUAGUCAUAACUUGCUUUUUUUUUAGGAAUUCAAGGUAUUUGAACACCGCCCCAAUUCAGGACUUGUGAUUUUAAUGAAGAUCAGUGGUUUUCUCUGUAAGGUGUUGGACAGGCACUUGUCCUUCCAAAAGACUCUGACUCCCACACUUAGCAGGAACAAACAUUAUAGGCCAAAUUUGCACAAGGUCUGCUCUACCUUAUGUCCUAACUGACCCUGAUAGGGAUUCUUCCCACAGAAAAUCCUCCCUUAAGAGUGUCAGUCAGAUAGUCCACCCUAAACGUGGGCGGUUAUGUUCCUGUGCAGUCUGGUGUUUACUUUAGAUUAAGGAAAACAACACAACCAGAAAGAACAAAAAUAAAGUCUCCAUGAGAGAGGGCGGUGCAUGUCUCCUCUGAAAUAUGCUGCAUUAAUCCUGCCUCAUAAAAUGGCAGCUUCCCCUGCAGAGAGGAGCAUUCUGUAGAAAGUUAAAGGUGCCAUGCCCAGAAAGCAAAAUAAGGAGAGAUGGCUACAUUCACCACAAGCAGGGUGGAGGCGUUCUUAGGGUGGUUAGGAGCUGAGUUGAUUCAUCAUAUCCCCUGGCAGCAUAUGCCAGCAGGAGAUUCCAUGGAGCCUACAAUGAAAAUGGAGGCUGCUCUUAACUGAUGAAAACCCCAAGGGAGAGCAGACAGUGAUAUCACCAUCUGUUCUAACCUUGGGUUCAUCACCAGUGGGGAACAGUAGGCUUGUUUGGGACUGAAAAAAUGCAUCUUACCUAACACAGACCAGUAUGACCUACUGCAUUUGUUUUUCCUCUGAAUCCCAUGUGAUCUGAAAGCAAGAAAGCCCCUUCCUUUUUCUUUCCCCGUAUCAGUCGGAUCGUUAACAAGUGAGGCGCACAUGCUUUGCUCUGAAAAGCCUAGAUUUAAAAAUCUGAAUUUCAAGGAGGAAAAAACCCCUCAAUAACAGUGCAUUUAUUGUAGGCCUAAAUCCACUAAUUAUUUGCUAAUGGAUCUCACAAUGCAUAAGUUGUCAGAAAGAGAUCCUGCAGCUCGUUGACCUACACACCCAAAUGAGCAGAGUCACCAGUGUUGGGAACAAUUGCAAACCACGCUAGUGUAGUGGUUUUGUAAUCCUCUCUUCUGCUUAUAUGGGACUAAUCCUCAACACACCAUGAACCUUGAAUGUGUGUUUCAGCCCCUUCCUCUCCAGUGUACCGUAUCUUUCUGUGAACACUUGAAAUCCCCGAUUUGACACUAACUCAUCCUACUCUCUCACUGAAUUUCAUCAAACAUACUGCCCACAUACCCAAAUCCCCCCCUUGUAUGACUUUGUCAUUUUAAUAACAUAUUUAGUCCUCUUUAUUCCUGCUGUGGAGAUGGCUAAAUGGCGUGGAAAUUACCCUGCAGAUGAAAUUCAAAUGACCCACCAGAGAUUGCAUCUCUUUUUAAUGUGACUUUCUUUGCCCUUGCUGCCCUUGCCACAAAAUCCUUCAAGCUCGGUCUCCAGCUUCAUAGGCACUAAUUAUAUUCUCACAGCAGCCAGAUUCUUGAUAGGUCAUCAUGUUUUUUUAAUUUUUCUGCCACAAAAACUCCAAGUUCAUUAGCUAUGGACCAAGAACUCUGAUUAGUAUCCAGGUCUUGAGUAGCAAUAAAUUGGAAAUCAUCUUCCCCAGUAGCAUUGUUGCUAUUCCUAUUGCACCAAUAAAGGGGGGAAAUAACUGGGGUUUUUUUAAAUACACACCAAGCUGCAUCUCCCUGCAAGUAUAUAUUGUGCAUUAACUCACGAUGAUCUUUUCAGUCAUAAAACAAAGUAGAAUUGCCUGUGUGUAACUGUUAAAAACCUAAAUGCAGAUUCUACAGCGUGUGUAUGUUUCUGCCUCAGCCUUUAAAACUCAUUUCUGGGCAUGUGAUUAAGUAUAUAAGCCACUUGAUCUAAUAAAGCACAUGAUACUGAACAUAACCGAGGAUCAAUAAAAUCAGUAAGACUGGCCAUUAUGCAGAAAAGAUAGUGAUAAAUCAGUCAAUCUAGAUUCUCACGAGACCCUAGUAGAAAUCGUCCCAAAUGAUGGCUCCAACAGCAUUUUGACAUCCCUUCCCCUUCCUUUUAACUCUUUGAUUUGUUUUCCCUGAUGAUACAGAGAUACCCAGCUGCACAUCUGAACAUUAGUAUCUACCGAAAACCCUUAUAAAGGAUCACAAAGACUAUCCCAAACCUUUAUACGGUAUAGCGAACAUUUGUCUCUUUAUCUGGGUGACUCAAUAACCAUGGCAACAUUAUCUGGGUUUGGCUUUGACAAGCCCAUCCAAUUUACUCUGGCACUCACAUUAUCAUUUCCUCACCUACACAAACCUAGUUAUCACUGAAUGCAUUUCCCCCUCAUAUUUUUUUAUCAUUUAUGCUGAAAUAUGCAGUUUUUUUCUAGCAAAUUGUGUAUACCUUCUUCUCUAGCAGAACAAGCAGCGUUUCCCCAAGUCCCUUCCACCUCACUCCUC